UGCUGUAUCUUUGUAUGGCUGUACUGUAUCCCUUCUCUCUCUCUCUCACUAACCUUUUGUCUCCUUCCUCACGAACCACCUCCACCCCUUCCCCCAGCUCCGCCCACUACUUCUUGUGAGUUCCUUGCCGCUGCGGCCGCUUGCUUCCCUCAUCUCUAGUCUGUACACUGGUUGGAGUGGUUGCUACUUGCUAGUGUUCGAGUUCGACCCACUUGCUCCUCUCAAUCCCCUCUCCCAUGGAUGUGCAUACAUCCUCUGGUGGUUGCUUGCUUCUUCUGGCUCGAAGUUGAAGGCCUUCGCCUCGCCUGGGGGAAAGCUUCCGUUUCGCGUUCCGUUCCUGGUGCCGCUGCUGUGGCAUAAAGGCGGAAGCCUGAGCCAUCUUUUGAAGAAAUCCCGGCGGAAGAUUGCUCCGUCGCUGCGGUUUCGCGGCGACCGUGGCCGGUUGCCGCAUUCGCGGCGCUGGAUUACGGUGGAAGGGGGUGGCGUCGUGAGGGAAUCUUGCUCUGCGAUCAAUCGCUCAGCUGCCCCUUGCUUUCUGGGCGGUUGUCGGUGCUGCCUUUUGCAGUAAAGGGUGGGAUCUUGCGGCCGGCGGUGGCGGCAUUGCUGGAUCGAGCAAGUGGUGUGGAUUGCUGCGUGAGAAGAGCAGAAGGGCGGAGCUCUGCGCUGUGAUCCAAGCGGGCUCCUGCACGCCAGGUGUUCGCUGAAAGGCCCAAGUGAGCGAGCCAUGAGGGACUUCCCGUCCUGCUUCGGCGAGAGCGGCGUCCAGAUCGCGGACGCGUCGUCGUCGUCGUCCAGCGCCGGCAAGGGCGCCGCGCAGAACCUGGUGACCUGCCUCUACCAGACGCAGUUCUCGGGCCGGCCCUGCGUGAUCUCGGUCACGUGGAGCAAGAGCCUCAUGGGGCAGGGCCUCAGCAUCGGCGUGGACGACCUGUCCGGCCAGUGCCUGUGCAAGGCGGACAUCAAGCCGUGGCUCUUCUCCAAGAAGAAGGGGUCCAAGAGCCUCGACGUUGAGGAUGGCAAGAUUGAGAUCUUCUGGGACCUUUCGAGCGCCAAGUUUGGUGCCGGGCCAGAACCAGUGGAGGGGUUCUAUGUUGCAGUGGUGUUCGACCUUGAGCUUGUGCUCUUGCUCGGUGACAUGAAGAAGGAUGCUUACAGGAAGACUGGAGCCAACCGGUCGAUGCUGAAUGCUGCGUUCGUGGCAAGAAGGGAGCACAUAUACGGCAAGAAGGUCUACUCUGCUAAGGCGCAAUUCUGUGACAAAGGCCAGUUCCAUGACAUUGUUAUCGAGUGCGAUACCGUCGGCCUGAAGGAUCCAUGUCUCGAUAUAAGGGUUGAUAAGAAGCCCGUGAUGCAGGUGAAGCGCCUGGCAUGGAAAUUUAGGGGAAAUCAGACAAUUCUCGUUGAUGGUUUGCCUGUGGAGGUUUUCUGGGAUGUCCACAGUUGGCUCUUUGGAUCGACGGCAAGCAAUGCAGUGUUCAUGUUUCAGACAUGCCAGGCACCUGAGAAGUCGCUGCCAUGGUCAUACUCGCAGAUCUUUAGGGAGUCCCAGUUGCAAGGUCUUGGUUUCUCGUUGAUCCUGCAUGCAUGGAAGCUUGAAUAGGUUUUUGCAGGAUCACAAUUUGCUUCUGCACCUGCCUCCUUUUCUUUAGUGCUAACAAAAGAUGUUUUGUUGAAGUGUCUGUUCAUCAGAAUGCUAUGGAGGCUCUCCAAUAUAUGUUCUUUCAUUUCACUUUGUUUUUGUUUUGCCAUCUUUUAUAAACUCUUUGUUUGAAUGAUUGGCAAGAUUAUGUGAUAUCCCAGUGACUUUGGCACUCUGUUCUCUCCCUUCUUGUGCCUUAAGUGAGGAUAAUUCUGAUGAUCAAAUAGUUCAACAGUGAUAAUUCUCAAAAAAAGAGAAUGUCGUCAUGAUGUAAAGUAUAUCAAAGCUCCGAUACAGUUUAUUUGUCAAUGAUAGUAAUGUCCAACAAA